AGAGCAGAGUCCUGACGUCCUCCGAUCGUCAGAGUGCACGCGCGCUGUGAGCCGGACCGUCUCGAGCCGUUUCUCUUCUUCAGACCAACCGUCGCCGCAGCAGUUCAGUGUGUCCGUGGUCAUAUGAGCAGCAGAGAUGAGCAACAGAAGCCGCAGGUCCUGUACGAAGAGCUCCAGCUGUUUGGGACAUAAAGGACGAUAUUCCAAAGGGACUUUUCAGAAGUCUGGAUGGUCAAAAGACGAGGAUGAGAAGCUGCACCGCCUAGUGAAGGAGUCUGGAUCAAACAGCUGGUCUUCAGUUUCUGAACACUUUAAAGGUCAGAGGUCAGAUGGAGAGUGUCAGCGACGGUGGCAGCAGAUCAAGAACCCAGAGCUGGUCAAAGGUCCCUGGACCCCGGAUGAGGAUGAAAGGGUCUUGGGGCUGGUUCAGAAGUACGGCGUGAAGCGCUGGUCGCUCAUCGCCAAGCACCUCCACAGCCGCAACGGGAAGCAGUGCCGCGAGCGCUGGCACAACCACCUGAACCCGACGGUGAACAAGAGCAGCUGGACCCUGGAGGAGGACGCCAUCAUCUGCCAGGCCCACAGGCUGCUGGGAAACCGCUGGGCCGACAUCUCCAAGCUGAUGCCCGGCAGAACAGACAACUCUAUCAAGAACCACUGGAACUCCACCCUGAAGAGGAAGGUGGAGAAGGAGGGAUACCUGCAGGUCCUACACCACCACAACACCUCCUCCAACUCCUCCAGCUGCUCUUCUUCCAGCAGACAAACAUCCAGGCCCUGUGGACCCCCCAGCAUUCAUACUAAGGUCCGCCUCCAGAGCAGG